ACUGUUUACCUUUUGUUUUGAUCGUAAUUAAGAUUAAAAACAUAUUCGCUUUAAUUCAGUUGUAGUGUGUUUUAUCUGUUCCAGGGUUUGUGUGUGUAUCCGAUAUUACACCUAGAUAAUUGCACCGUGUGUAAAGCUUAGCCGGCUAGCUGAUUUAAAGUUGAUUGAAUCAAAGUUCACUUACUGUGUGCUGUUGCUGUAUGAGGAAUGAUUCAAACACUGAGAACUAUCAGACAUUUAACCACAGCAGCAAUGAAACAACAAGUGUCCGAGUUGCAGGUACCUGUUCCAUGGGGAGAAAUGAGAGGCCAAGUUUGGGGCCCUGAUCAUGGGCAUCCUGUGCUCUGCAUACACGGCUGGGCAGACAACAGUGGCUCCUUUAACAAUCUGAUCCCACGGCUACCUAGUGCUUUGAGGUAUGUGGCCAUCGAUUUGCCUGGUCAUGGUUUGUCCUCUCACAGACCUGCUGGAGUUGUAUACACAUUUCCUUCAUACAUUGCAGAUGUGCGACGAGUUGUGGAAGCUCUUCAAUGGAAACGCUUCUCCAUAAUAGGUCACAGUAUGGGUGGAAAUGUAGCUUCAAUGUUUAGUGCAGCGUUUCCUGAGAUGGUGGAGAGUAUAGUGCUUCUGGACUCUUAUGGAUUUCUCCCAACACAUGCGAAAAGAUUAAGUGGGAUCAUGAACAAAGGAAUUGAGGAAAUGAUUCAGUAUGAAAAAAAGGCGGCUGACAAGACAGAAAGGGUGUACACCUACGAUGCAGCUAAAGAUAGGCUAAAGGUGGCAAAUCCCUCUCUUUCGGACGAGUCAGUACAGACUCUUCUAGAGCGAGGAGUUCAAGAGGUGGAAGGAGGUGUGGUGUUUACCAGAGACAUCAGAAUUAAUCUGACUAACAUUAUACGGAUAACUCUGGAGCAGAGUCUACAUAUGCAGUCAAAGAUAAAAGCUAAAGUACUUGUACUGAGGGCAAGCCAGGGUUGGGUGAAGAUUUUUCCCCAACCGGAGGAGUUUGCUGACCCAUUGCUAAAGGGCUGGACGGACCAAGGAAACACCCUGGUGUUAAUAGAAGGAGAUCAUCACGUGCACUUAAACAACCCAGAGCUUGUAGCACCUGUGAUUACUGACUUCCUGCUGUCACAUACUUCUGAACACACCACCAAUGCUUCAAAAUUAUGAGACUUUUUAAAACUAUCUUCCAUACUUGCAUCACGCAAUGUACUUUCAUAUACAAACACAGGCUUAGUUGAUCUAAUCUUAUUAUUAGAGUCGGGCGGCACGGUGGCUAAGUGGGUAGCACUGUCACCUCACAGCAAGAAGGUCCUGGGUUCGAUCCCCAGGUGGCUGUGCUGUGACUGAUUAAAGACAUUUUAUCAUCAUUACCUGCUGGAGUUGUAGAAUCUUCUAAAAUUUUACAAUGUUUCAGUGACAAUGAUAUACUACACUUUACAGUGUAUAUACUAAAUGCCCCAAAAGCAACAAAAAUGAGCACUUCUGUGAGCCACUCUGAACAAAAAUGUACAGCCGGAGCUUCACAAGGAUAGGAUAUAUGACGGGGUGCUAUUUAAAACAUUACAGUGGUGCUUGAAAGUUUGUGAACCCUUUAGAAUUUUCUAUAUUUCUGCAUAAAUAUGACCUAAAACAUCAUCCAUUAUUGGGAUUUUAGGUAACAAAAUGUCAGACUUCAGCUAAAUUACUAUCUAUAGUUUAACAGAAAUGGCAUUUGAACUGUCUGUAGAAUCUGCUAUAAGUCUUUACACAAUGCAUGCCUUGGAACUGAUGUUUAGCCAGGAGUAUCUUGUCUGUGCUAGUCAUUUUUAUUUUUUUGUUACUGCAGGUACCCCAAGUCUCAUUUAUUAGUAACUGUUUUGGUGUGGUUGUUAUUAUUUAGUAACUGACUGGUUAAUUUAAUUGAUUUAUAAUUAUUAUAGAAGUGGACAAAAGUAAAAGUGUAUUGCCUUAUCCAGGUCUUUGUAAACAUCCAUGAAUAAUGUCAUCUCAAAUAAAACUCCUCAUACUA